GGAGCAGCUGGGAGGCGGCUCUGGGGGGAGCGAUCGCUGGGCUCAGGCCCGGCAGCAGGAAGUGACUCGCAGCCGCUGCGGGGACUCUGGCUCCAGGCUCCUGGCGAGAUCCCCGAGCCCCGGCGGCUGGUGCUGGGAGCCCGGAGCCCGGGCUGCAGCCGGGAGAGGGGAAUCUCCAGCAGGGCCCUUCCCGCUGCUCCCCAGGAGCCUCUCCCAGGGCAGAGCCCCCAGCCCGGCCAGGCCCCUUCCCGGCCCGGCCCCUGCCCCAGGGGGCCCCGCUCGGAGGGAAGGCUGAGGAAUCACGUCCACGUUUUACUCCAGAUGGGCCCGUCUUCCAUGAGACAGGGAACGGAAAUGUCUGUGAUGGAGCCAGCUCAGAUGCCGGUGACCUUCGAGGAGGUGGCUGUGUAUUUCACCCAGGGGCAGGGGGCUCUCCUGGACCCUGCUCAGAGAGCCCUCUACAGGGACGUCAUGCAGGAGAACUACGAGACGGUGACCUCACUGGGAUUCCCCCUUCCCAAACCUGAGCUGAUCGCCCGGCUGGAACGAGGGGAAGAGCCCUGGGUGUCCGAUCUCCAAGUCUGCGAGGAAAGAAGGCUUCUGAGAAGCACCCGUACAGGUGCUGAGCGAGGGAGUGAGAAUGAGGCGGGGAAUCAUCAUGAGGAAGUUCCUGGGGAAGUGGAACCGCAGGGGACCUUUGUGGGAAGAGCUGAAGGGAAUUUUUCCCAGUACUUGGAGCAGGCAGAAGCCUGGGGAAGUUGGCAUAGGUCAGAGAGGCUUCUGGGACACCUCCCAGGGAAGAAAGUGGAUGAAUCUGUUAACGGUGGGGGAGGAGAGGAGGAUCCCACAGCGCCGCAGACAAAUCCCAAGAAAGAGACACCCUGGCACUACCUUCAGUCUCUCGAGUGCGGGAAAUGUUUCAUAUCAAAGACACAAAUAAUUAGACAUCAGUUAAGCCACACAGGGGAGAGACCCCUCAACUGCUUGGACUGUGGGAAAAGUUUCACAGAGAGGGCAAACCUUUUUCAACAUCAGGCAAUCCACACAGGACAAAGAUCCCACAAGUGCUUGGACUGUGGGAAAAGUUUCAUAAGAAGGUCACACCUUGUUUAUCAUCAGGCAAUCCACACAGGAGAGAGACACCACAAGUGCUUGGAUUGUGGGAAAAGUUUCAUAGAGCGGUCAAACCUUGUUUAUCAUCAGGCAAUCCACACAGGAGUAAGACCCCACAAGUGCUUGGACUGUGGGAAAAGUUUCAUACAGAGGUCAGACCUUGUUAAACAUCAGGCAUUACACACAGGAGAGAGACCCCACAAGUGCUUGGACUGUGGGAAAAGUUUCAUACAGAGGUCACACCUAAUUCGCCAUCAGGCAUUACACACAGGAGCGAGACCCCACAAGUGCUUGGACUGUGGGAAAAGUUUCAUACAGAGGUCACACCUAAUUCGCCAUCAGGCAUUACACACAGGAGCGAGACCCCACAAGUGCUUGGACUGUGGGAAAAGUUUCAUACAGAGGUCACACCUAAUUCGCCAUCAGGCAUUACACAGAGGAGCGAGACCCCACAAGUGCUUGCACUGUGGGAAAAGUUUCAUAGAGCGGUCAGACCUUGUUAAACAUCAGGCAAUCCACACAGGAGAAAAACCCCACAAGUGCUUGGACUGUGGGAAAAGUUUCAUACAGAGGUCAGACCUUGUUAAACAUCAGGCAUUACACACAGGAGAGAGACCCCACAAGUGCUUGGACUGUGGGAAAAGUUUCAUACAGAGGUCACACCUAGUUCGCCAUCAGGCAUUACACACAGGAGAGAGACCCCACAAGUGCUUGGACUGUGGGAAAAGUUUCAUAGAGCGGUCAGACCUUGUUAAACAUCAGGCAAUCCACACAGAAGAGAGACCCCACAAGUGCUUGGACUGUGGGAAAAGUUUCAUACAGAGGUCACACCUAGUUCGCCAUCAGGCAUUACACAGAGGAGCGAGACCCCACAAGUGCUUGGACUGUGGGAAAAGUUUCAUAGAGCGGUCAGACCUUGUUAAACAUCAGGCAAUCCACACAGGAGAAAAACCCCACAAGUGCUUGGACUGUGGGAAAAGUUAUUUACAAAGAUCAAGCCUUGUUCAACAUCAGGCAAUCCACACAGAAGAGAGACCCCACAAGUGCUUGGACUGUGGGAAAAGUUUCAUAAGAAGGUCACACCUUGUUAAACAUCAGUCAUUACACACAGCAGAGAGACCCCACAAGUGCUUGGACUGUGGGAAAAGUUUCAUAAGAAGGUCAGACCUUGUUAAACAUCAGGCAUUACACACAGGAGGGAGACCCCACAAGUGCUUGGACUGUGGGAAAAGUUUCAUAAGAAGGUCACACCUUGUUCAACAUCAGGAAAUCCAUACAGGAAAGAGACCCCACAAGUGUUUGGACUGCGGAAAGUGUUUCAUAUGGAGAUCUGACCUUAUUAAACAUGGAAGAAUCCACACAGGAUCUAAACUUCUGUGACACGUGGCAAGAAAGGUUUAAGCAACUUGCAUGUAAUUGACUCAGGGUCAACGUUUAGAGAGAGAUUUUAAAAGUGUGUCCACCUUAGAUAGCUAGAGAUUGAAAUGUAAAUGUGUAUUUUCAAAGACUUGGAAGAAGAGGGCAAGUCAUGUCUGAGUAACCUAAUUGCCUUCUAUGACGAGAUAACUGGCUCUGUGGAUGAGGGAAAAGCAGUGGAUGUUUUAUUCCUUGAUUUUAGCAAAGCUUUUAUAUGAUCUCCUACAGAAUUCUUGCCAGCAAGUUAAAGAAGUGUGGCCUGGAUGAAUGGGCCAUAAAGUGGAUAGAAAGCUGGGUAAAUCGACUGGCUCAACUGGUAGUGACCAAUGGCUCCAUGUCUAGUUAGCAGCCGGUAUCAAGAGGAGUGCCCCAAGGGUCGAUCCUGGGGCCGGUUUUGUUCAGUAUCUUCGUUAAUCAUCUGGAGGAUGAUGUGGACUGCACCCUCAGCAAGUUUGCCGAUGACACUAAACUGGGAGAACUGGUAGAUACGCUGGAGGGUAGGGAUAGGAUACAGAGGGACGUAGACAAAUUAGAGAAUUGGGCCAAAAUAAAUCUGAUGAGGUUCAACAAGAACAAGUGCAGAGUCCUGCACUUAGGAUGAAAGAAUCCCAUUCACUGCUACAGACUAGGGACCGACUGGCUAGGCAGCAGUUCUGCAGAAAAGGACCUAGGAGUUACAGUGGAUGAGAAGCUGGAUAUAAGUCAACAGUGUGCCCUUGUUGCCAAGAAGGCUAACGGCAUUUUGGGCUGUAUAAGUAGGAACAUUGCCAGCAGAUCAAGGGACGUGAUCGUUCCCCUCUAUUCAACAUUGGUGAGGCCUCAUCUGGAGGAUUGUGUUCAGGUUUGGGCCCCACACUAAAAGAAGGAUGUGGAAAAAUUGGAAAGAGUCCAGCGGAGGGCAACAAAAAUGAUUAGGGGGCUGGAGCACGUGACUUAUGAGGAAAGGCUGAGAGAACAGGGAUUGUUUAGUCUACGGAAGAGAAGAAUGAUGGGAUAUCUGGUAGCUACUUUCAACUACCUGAAAGUGGGUUCCAAAGAGGAUGGAUCUAGACUGUUCUCAGUGGUACCAGAUGACAGAACAAGGAGCAAUGGUCUCCAGUUGCAGUGGGGAUAGUUUAGGUUGGAUAUCAGGAAACACUUUUUGACUAGGAGGGUGAUGAAGCACUGGAAUCGGUUACCUGGAGAGGUGGUGGAAUCUCCUUUCUUAGAGGUUUUUAAGGUCAGGCUUGACAAAGCCCUGUCUGGGAUGGUUUAGUUGGGGAGUGGUCCUGCUUUAAGCAGGGGGUUGGAGUAGAUGACCUCCUGAGGUCCCUUCCAACCCUGAUAUUCUAUGAUUCUAAGAGGGGUAACUGUAGUAGUCUAUGUUUAGCUAUCCAAAGUGUUCCUGUAUUCUGUUAAAUCAGGGAUCAAUAAUUCAGUGAUUAUGCCCAUGUCCCAUGCCACUUGCCCAAUUCCAGCUCAGUCUCUUUGAAUUCGCUGGGGGUAGGGGCUGAAGGAUGGAGGGAAAGUUUAUAGCUGAAAUUUUGCAAGGUUAGUGUUAAUCGGAUCUGUUCCGCUUUCCUGCUCGGACAUUUUCUCUGGGGAUCCCAGAGACGGAAAGGAGCAGGUGUUACUAUCUUGAGUCCGCAUCCCCAUGGUGACUCUCUACACUAUCAAUUAUCAAAAUGUGGGCAGAGCAUCCUAAUGGAGGCACAGGAAUGUGUCAGGGGAGGCGCGAUCAGUGUGGGUUGUUGGGUUUUUUUUUUUAAAGAGCACUGGCUUUCAGCCCCAGUUGGCUGCGGCUCAUGAGGAAGGAACAGGCCUAUCUGGGAGGUGGGGAUAAAUGCUCAGGCUCUCAAACCCAGGUGGAGCAGCAGCACAGAAGUCGGGGUGGCAAUGGGGUGAUAAGUCUGCUGUGAACAGCGAUAUUGAGGAAUAUCACUCUUCACGUGGCCACCCUAACUUCUGCGCUGCUGUUGGAGGCCUUCAGAGCUCUGCACAUCACCAACGACUACUCUGCCUUUAGAGCUGGGUGGUGAUAUAUGUGCUUUUGAGGGUCUGGGCGUAAAUGACCACAGACACCAAGGUGGGGGUGGCAAUGAAACACAUUUGAGAACCACUGGUCUACACUCUUAUGGGCACCACGUUUAUAAAAUGAUAAAUCUUCUGCAAAGUAUGGCUUGUGAGGUAUCAUGGGAAAAGUCAUCAUCUGCUGAAUAUUAUUGUCCCAUUAAAAUGUGUCUAUCAGCACUGUCCAUGGAGCUCUGAGAGUUUGCUGUAUGUUUGUUACAUGCUGUAAAGCUGGAAAACGCCCACAGACGAGCUCCUCAGAGACAAUGUCACCUGCACACCAGCUAGGUGCUACGUGGCCAGUAAUUGCUCAGUCGGCCGUUCACCAGCUGUGGAGCUGGGAACAGGAGAGUUACAAUUCUCCGGAAGGACGGCUGCACGCUCACUUAGGCCACAGACUGAUUGUCGCCUGCCCCCCGGCUGGGGGUGAACCUCAAAGAGGAGAGUGGUAUAAAAGCACAAGGGAGAAUUGCCUCCAUUUUUACCUCUCCUCUCCCAUCUUUACAGAAGGCAACAAGAUGGCUUGAAAGGCAACAGGGGCCUUGGAGUGGGGAGGAUGGACCAGGGCUGGAAGGAAAUCCAGGCUGUGUACUAAAAACUAUGAACUGCCUGCAACAGCAGGUGGGGUGAGAAAACCUGCUUGCUUCGUAUUUUCCUUAGGCCUUGGCUACACUUGCAGAUGUACAGCGCUGAGAGUUAAUCCUGACUUUGUACAGUUGAGUAGGGAAAGCACUGCAGUCUGUCCACACUGACAGCUGCCCAGCGCACUGUCGUGGCCACAUUUGCAGCAUUUGCUGCGCCAUUGGGAGCGGUAGAUUAUGGGCAGCUAUCCCACAGAGCACUUCUUCCCAUUCUGGCACCGUGGGUUGGGGGAAGGAGGCGUGGGUGCAGGGGAUUCUGGGUCCGGUCCCAACACCCCGUUAUGCAUCGCUUCGCAUCCCAGAAAUCCCUUUGUUUCCAUCCACCUUUAGUGCCAUCUUUCAACGGUUUCUGUGCAGCGUGAUCUGUCUGCGGGAAAUGGAGCCCGAACUGGUGAGGCGUAUGCUGACUUAUCUCAUCAGCACGUUACGUUUGGCUGUUGAACUAUUCCUUAAGAUCCAAAGUGACAGUGAGAGUGAGGAGUCCGACGAUGCUAUCGAGCCGCGUAACGCGUACGACACAAAAUUGCUUGUGUCAUCCACGAACAUGCUCAGCACCGUGGAACACCGCUUUUGGGCUCGGGAAACAAGCACCGAGUGGUGGGAUCACAUCGUCAUGGAUGUCUGAGAUGACGAGCAGUGGCUGCAGAACUUUCAGAUGAGAAAAGCCACUUUCAUGGGACUGUGUGAGGAUCUCGCUCCCACCCUGCGGCGCAAGGACACGAGAUUGAGAGCUGCCCUGCCAGUGGAGAAGCGGGUGGCUAUUGCAAUCCGGAAGCUGGCAACUCCAGACUGCUACCGGUCGGUCGCAAACCAGUUUGGAGUGGGAAAGUCGACCGUUGGAAUCGUGUUGAUGCAAGUUUGCAAGUCCAUUAAUCGCAUCCUACUUAGAAGAACCGUGACUCUGGGUAACGUGCAGGAAAUAGUGGAUGGCUUUGCACAAAUGGGGUUCCCUAACUGUGGAGGGGCGAUAGAUGGGACACACAUUCCUAUUCUGGGACCACCCCACCUAGAAUCCGAGUAUGUUAAUCGGAAGGGGUAUUUCUCUAUGGUUCUCCAGGCGCUUGUAGAUCACCGUGGGCGUUUCAUUGACAUUAACACAGGCUGGCCCGGAAAGGUGCAUGACGCACGCAUCUUUCGGAACACUUGGCUGUUCAGGAAGAUGCAGUCCGGGACUUUUUUCCCAGAGCGGAAGAUCACGGUGGGGAAGUCGAAAUGCCCAUUGUGAUCCUUGGAGAUCCCGCUUACCCGUUAAUGCCAUGGCUCAUGAAACCCUACACAGGGAGCCUUGACAGCAGCAAGGAAUGGUUCAACGACAGGCUGAGCCGGUGCCGAAUGACUGUGGAGUGUGCCUUUGGCCAUUUAAAGGCCCGCUGACGAUCUCUGUAUGAGAAGCUGGACUUGGCCGAAAACAGCAUCCCAGCGGUUAUAUCCGCGUGCUGUGCCCUCCAUAAUAUUUGUGAAGUGAAGGGUGAAAGCUUCACUCAGGCAUAGACCUCCGAGGUUCAACACCUGGAGGCUGAAUUUGCACAGCCAGAGAUCAGGGCUAUUACAGUGUCCCAGCACGGGGUUGCAAGGAUUAGGGAUGCCUUCAGGGAGCAAUUUGAGGCUGAAAACCAGCAGUGAUAUCUGGUGUCCUGCAUGGGAGUGAAGUGCAGUAGUUCCAAUCUUUAGGAAUCAGUGUUUGCUAAGCAGACAAGCAGACUUGCAGUGCCAGUUUAUUUCCUGGGCUAAGGAGUCUUUUACCUUAUGCAAUAAUAAAAAAUGUUUUCAAAGCCAAAAAAUGCAUUUAUUAAAAAGAAAACAAAUUUAUUUAUUGAAAAGAAACAAGGGGGUGGAGUGGGGAACGGUACAAUCACAGAUUCGCAUAUGUCCUGUCUGGUGUGCUGUGCAGUGAGUGCUGCACUUCAGGAUAGCUAUACUGCAUGGUGAUGGGGGUUGAGUGCAGAGGGUAAGGGUCAUGGUUUUCAGAACUGCGUGGUGAAGAUACUGGUGCUGGAGGCAGCUGGUGUGUGAAAAACAGGGAAGUUGGGGAAAGUGGGUUGGAGGUGACAGUGGGGCACAACGGAAAGAGUUUUGGUACAAGGGCUGUCGGGGGUGGGUCGCGUUAGCAUUUCUGGUACUGCUCCUUCUGCAUGGCUACGAGCUCCUGGAUAGCGUGUGCUUGGCGCUCCAGGAUGCUUAUGAGACGAUCCGUGCUUUGCUGCCAGUGCUCCAUGCUUUGCCUCCAGUGCGCUACGUUUUCCUGGCGGAUCCUGCUUUCUCUCUCUCUCCAGUUCUGUGCUUUCUCAUUCUCUUUAAUAGAUUGCCGCAUCACUUCUUGCAGCAUGUCUUUGCUUUUUCGCCGUCUCUUCCUGAGUCUUUGCAGGCUUUGAGCAGGCGAUAAGAGGGACGGCUGAGGUCUCAAGGUUGAUGCAGCUGUAUAGGCAAAAUACAACAUUUAACAGAGGCAGCAUUGUUUAUACCAGACAGAGUAGUGAUUCCCCCCGCACUUAAGGAGUAGAAAACACACAUGGUCUACACAAUAGCAUAAUUUUCCCGUCCGAAACAGAGCACACAUAUCCCACGGGAGCCUCAAAAUGGUGAGUAAGGGGCACUGAUUGUUUCAGGGCUGCACUGUCCUCUGGGUGUCUGUGCCUUGGGGAGAGCCAACAGCUUCAGGGGGCACCUAGACUGAACACUGUCCAAACAUUUUCCACAGGAGUUCGUCCUGGACGAUAUCUUGCUGCUGAGGGUGACCUGGGAAGCAAGGGAGGGUCUUCUACUGCAAUGGGGCCUCUGCCUUGGCCCAUAUGCAGCUUGCCUAUGUGCAGCAAUGGUCCCCCUGCCCCUCGCGGCACAGUGGCGCGGACACAUUACCCUGGCUGGGACAAGGACCACGGUGGCUCUCCCGAUAAACCCGCGCAAGCGCAUUGCACGCAUUCUGGAUGAGACAUCCGAGGACGUUACCGAGGCCGAUUACCGUGAUGUGAUAAACCACAUCAAUGCACUAUUCCGCAUCUAGGCAUGCAUGCCUAACCCUCCUCUCCCAAAGAGCCCGCACAGAAAAAAUUCCUUCCCUGAAAAAAACCCACUUACCGGGAACCUGCCCUUCUGUUUGUCCUCCACCAAGUACCGGCCUCUGCGACUGGCUACCUUCCUCCUGGCUUGAGAAGAGCUCCUGGCUGCAUGGCUCCAGGGACUCCGGGGUGUCUCCAUCCGCCCCACCACCCUCACUCCCAUUUUCUGGAGCGCAGCUGGGACUGGACAGCUUCCUCCCCCCAUACACUGGUGAGGUCCAGCAACUCGUCAUUGCUCCAUGCUGGGACUCGCUUGGCGCGUGGAGGCAUGGUCACCUGGAAAGAUUCGCUGAUAGCACUCCACACCAUGCCGGGCUGAGCAAACAGGAAGGGGAUUUUUAAAAUUCCCGGGGAAUGUAAACGGUGGGUCACAUGAUUGGUUACCUGAGGCCAGGGCAAUAGAGUUUGAUCUGAUGACCAGAGUGGCUAGAACAGGCAGUGUGGGAUACUGCCGAAUACUUCUGGAGGCCAGUCACAGCGCACUGGACGGCCACACUGGCGCCGCAGCACUGGAGCAGCAGCGCAAUACUCGCUAUUCCUCUCGGAGAGGUGGAGUACAUGCAGCGCUGCAACCACGGAGAUACAGCGCUGCAAAUGCCUUGCCAGUGUGGACGGGGAGUGAGUUACAGCGCUGGGGGCGGCUUUACAGCGCUGUAACUCGCAAGUGUACCAAGGACUUAGAUUGGUAAAAUUUAGGAUUUAAAAUGCAUGUUUUAAUUUUAUAGUUUUAUCCGGUUCUGACCUUUUACAUCUUUCUCUCUUGUAAUCCCUGAAAACCCCCUUGCUCCAGUUAAUAAACUGGUUUUAGUGUUU